GGCGCACAAAGCCGCGCUGCCAACCUCCGCAGCGGCCGCGCGCACCCUUCACCCCGCUGGCUGCUUUUGUCUCGCGCAACCUUCUUAGGUCUCCCACGAGAUCGGCCUUUCUUUUCCUCCACUCUCCCCACCGGGAGAGCCAGGUGGGAGCCGGGACCCUGCCCCUGCCCCGUAUCCCUUCCCUUGACCCACCUCGUCUCCGCCCUCCCUCCCUUUUCGGUUCCCGACGCCGGAAGGAGCCGAAGCACCGACGGAAAAAGCCGAAGCCGUCUCCGUGAGCGAGGCUUUCCCGAAGUGGCGGCGGAAGGAGCCGAAGUUUUCAGUGAGAAGGGAGGGGUGAGCGAGUGGAAUCUCCGGAAAGAGCCGAAGCUUGGAAUCGAGCUUAAUCUCUGGAAGGGCCCGAGGACGAGCCCCGUCGGGAAGUACUAAGUCCCAAGACGGUUAGACUUGUCGGAAGUAGCGGAUUGUUCGGACAGGACCGACGGAAUCGAGCGGAGAGCCCCUGCGGAAGCGGCCAAAGACGGACGGUUUGAAUUGUCGGAAGAAGCCGAACCCUUGGCCGGGGUGGGGGGCGCUGGGCGCAGAGGAAGGCGAGGACCCACGGAAACACCCGAACGUUGAAGAGCUAAUUUCCGAAAAGCUACGACAACCCGAGAACCUCGGCAAAACCGUUGCUUCGGGUGUUUUCGGAAUUAGCCGAAGCUGCUGCGCCGAGUCCUUCCUCCGCGGUCCGGAAAUAGCAAACGUGCUUUGGGACCAGGCUCUGGGGAAGGGGCACCUCGCGGGCGGGCGGGCGGGCGGGGAGAGGGGCGGAGCCGGGGCGGGGCGGGCGGUCCCGGCUCGAUUAGGCAGGGGGCGGCGGCGGCGCGCCGGAGGCGGCCGGAAGUAGCCGAAGCGAGCGGCGGAAGUAGCCGAAGCGGCCGGAGCGGGCGGGCGGCAAGGCGAGGUGAGAGCUGCACAGGGCCCUACGCGGCCGCCUCAGCAUGUCGGACUUCGACGAGUUCGAGCGGCAGCUCAACGAGAAUAAGCAAGAGCGAGACAAGGAGAACCGGCACCGGAAGCGCAGCCACAGCCGCUCACGCAGCCGCGACCGCAAGCGCCGGAGCCGGAGCCGGGACAGGCGCAACCGGGACCAGCGGAGUGCCUCCCGGGACAGGCGACGACGAAGCAAACCUUUGACCAGAGGCGCUAAAGAGGAGCACGGUGGAUUGAUUCGCUCCCCGCGCCAUGAGAAGAAGAAGAAGGUUCGCAAAUACUGGGACGUGCCACCCCCUGGCUUUGAGCACAUCACCCCCAUGCAGUACAAGGCCAUGCAAGCUGCGGGUCAGAUUCCAGCCACCGCCCUCCUUCCCACUAUGACCCCGGACGGUUUGGCUGUGACCCCAACGCCGGUGCCCGUGGUCGGGAGCCAGAUGACCAGACAGGCCCGGCGCCUCUACGUGGGCAACAUCCCCUUUGGCAUCACUGAGGAGGCCAUGAUGGAUUUCUUCAACGCCCAGAUGCGCCUGGGGGGACUGACGCAGGCGCCUGGCAACCCUGUCCUGGCUGUGCAGAUUAACCAGGACAAGAACUUUGCCUUCUUGGAGUUUCGCUCAGUGGAUGAGACCACCCAGGCCAUGGCCUUCGACGGCAUCAUCUUCCAGGGCCAAUCGCUUAAGAUCCGCAGGCCUCAUGACUACCAGCCCCUACCUGGCAUGUCGGAGAAUCCCUCCGUCUACGUGCCUGGAGUUGUGUCCACUGUGGUCCCAGACUCUGCCCACAAGCUGUUCAUUGGGGGCUUACCCAAUUACCUGAACGAUGACCAGGUGAAAGAGCUGCUGACAUCGUUCGGGCCUCUCAAGGCCUUCAAUCUGGUCAAGGACAGCGCCACUGGGCUCUCCAAGGGCUACGCCUUCUGUGAGUACGUGGACAUCAACGUCACGGAUCAGGCCAUUGCGGGGCUGAACGGGAUGCAGCUGGGGGACAAGAAACUGCUGGUCCAGAGGGCGAGUGUGGGAGCCAAGAAUGCCACGCUGAGCACCAUAAACCAGACCCCCGUGACCCUGCAAGUGCCGGGCCUGAUGAGCUCCCAGGUGCAGAUGGGCGGCCACCCAACUGAGGUCCUGUGCCUCAUGAACAUGGUGCUGCCCGAGGAGCUGCUGGAUGAUGAGGAGUACGAGGAGAUCGUGGAGGACGUGCGGGACGAGUGCAGCAAGUAUGGGCUGGUCAAGUCCAUUGAGAUCCCCCGGCCCGUGGAUGGCGUCGAGGUGCCGGGCUGUGGAAAGAUCUUCGUGGAAUUCACCUCUGUGUUUGACUGCCAGAAAGCCAUGCAGGGCCUGACAGGUCGCAAGUUCGCCAACAGAGUGGUUGUCACAAAAUACUGUGACCCCGACUCUUACCACCGCCGGGACUUCUGGUAGAGGCGGCAGGGGUGGGCGGGGGCCGGGCUGGCUGGGGGCUUCUCCCCCAUCGCCCCCUCUUUUCCCCCUCCGAACACGAUGGGCAGAGGAGUGACAGCCGAAUGACAGCCGGCAGCAACUGGAAUGGCAGCAAUUAAGGGUGGGGGGGUGGGGUUUGGGUGGGGCGGGAACUGGGGAAGUGUGCACACGGCCCAUACAGACACACGCACCCACAGACACAGAGGGAAGGGGUCGGGAUGGGGAGGGGUGCACAGCAGGGCGGGGUAGGACCCCACAGCCCCUCCCCAAAACAGCCUCUCUUCCCUUAUACCCCCCUCCCCCUUCUCCCCUUUUCCACUGUAGGAACAGCGUGUUUAUAUUUUUUGGCCAAACUAUUUUGAAUUUUGUUGUCCGGCCCUUUGCCCUGCCCUCUCCCUUUCCAGGACCGCAGCUCCAGUCCUUCGGCCUCUAGUCCUCCCUUGGUUUCUUACGUAGUUGGUUCUCUCCCCUAGUCUCCCCGGACCCCCUGGCCCCUGCCCCUCUCCUACUCUCUGUGGCGGUUUCAUAUUUGCUAAGACGAAUUUGCUCAUUAAACAUUUUGUUGUAUUUUACUUUA